AUGCUGCUCAGAGAGUACACGCUCUUCGCCAUUCUUGUGUCUCUUGCAAGUGUAAAUGCCCUUUCACUAGCCAUUCGAAUGCCCUCCGUGCUCUCAAAAGGCGGGGGUGGUCGAGGCGGCGGCGGAUCUGGAGGUGGUAGAGGAUCGUCAAGCAGUGGUGGCGGUAGAAGUCGCGGAUCAAUUGGCGCAAAUACAGGACGAGGACUGAGUGGGGACACAGGCCACCCUGCUGUGAAUUUCCCGGCAAAUGGGAGAAAUAGAAGAUUUGCAAAUUACUUCUCGAAGGGUGGCGGCAAGCCAUUCACUCUCCCUUCGUCAUCCGCCUUUGCUGGACGCAAGAUGGGUGGUGGAACGCGGAAGCAAAUCGUCGGCACACCGAGAUAUGCAAGCGGUUAUCCAUACUCUGUCAGCACAGAAGAGUACAAUACCACACGGCGAGGUGUCUACGGCCAGCCAUUCCCAUUCGGGUUCUAUCCAAUCUACUGGGGCUACCAUGGAUAUGGUGGCGAAUACGCUGGAGGAGAAGGACAGAAUAUACAGUACAAUCUCUCGGUUAUCACGGAGCGACCAGGGGGUAAUCUGUCCUAUGUCCACCUCGCGCCAAAAAACGGUUCGUACUACGCCACAACUACGCGUACGGACUCAUACUGGAUGAUUGGCGACUACGAGUCGGUCAGCACAAUUCUCAGCCUGCUCGUUGAUCGCGCAUCAAAGCCCUACGGAUGUGGCGCGGAAAACAGCACCAUUCUCCCAUUCAUUACCGUGCGUGCAGACGGGGGCCCACUCCAAUACAACAUUUCACUAUCUCCAAACGGCAUCUCCGUCAAUAAUAAUACCAACACGACUCUUGGCUCUCAUACUUCUGCAAACUCAACACUCAAUAAUAAUGGCACAAUGCUGCCUUUCCGAUUUGAGAAUGUGAUCCAAUGGUACCGCGCAAGUUCAUUUGCGCUUGUACAUCAAGGCUACAAUAACACGUAUGCAUUCCCACCUUUGAACGAGACGACGUCCCCAUCCGACUGGGCAUCCUCAACACCCCUUCCAUAUGAUGUAGAUCACUCGCCUUUCAUGCACUGUCUCAACCUCACAAUCUACUCUGCACUCCCCAUCCUUGAUGCCGAGCCCAAACGCACACUGAGCACUGGAGCACUGGUGGGCAUCAUCCUUGGUUCGCUUUUCGGAGCAGCAGCCAUUGGAGGAAUCAGCUUCUGGUUGUGGAAUAGACACGUCCAGAAAAAGGAGAAGAAGAAGUACAAGAAACAAUCCAAGAAAUGGAAAAAGGAAUACAAGGCUGUAUCCACAGAGCAUGAGAGAAAGUCGAGUGACGGUCCAGUCGUGGAUGACGAUGAGCGCACGAUAGUCGAAGACCAUAUGCCACUCACAUACUCUGACAAGUCACUGGUACCAAAUGCAAAGUAA